AAAAUCGAGCUCGAAGCGCACCUUUCCUUCCCACCUCCCGACCACCAAAGCCUCUCUAAACAACCUCCUCUCUAACCCAAUCCAGCUCGCACAAUGUCCUCCCCCUCCGACCCCGACGACGCCCGCCCAUCGAAACGCGCUCGCCUCGCCUCGGACACGUCUCCUACCACCACCACCGCCACCACCGCAGAAGAAGAAGCUCCGCAAGCUCCCGCCACGGCGCCAAUUGACAAUGAUCUGGAGAAGGAAAUUCGCGCGGGGAUAGUCGAGUACGUGUCCCCGGGGAAUCUGGGGUUUACGGGGGUGUUGAAGCAGCGGUACACGGAUUUUAUGGUUAAUGAGAUUGGGCUUGAUGGACGGGUGGUGAGGUUGGAGAGUGUGGGGUUGGGGAAGAGGGAUAGGGGGAAGGGGGAACGGAAGGGCGAGGGGGAGAAGGGACGGAAGGGCGAGGGGGAGAUGGAUGGUGCUGCGAUUGUGGGUGAGCAGGAUAUCGUGAAGAUUGAUGGAGAGCAAGCUCCUGCGAAGCAGGAACAGGAGGGUGACGGGGCGAUUGAGGGUGCUGCGAUCGUAGCUGAGCACGAUGUGAAGACCGAGGCAGCGCCUCAGGAUGGUGAGGCAACAAAAGAGACAAACGGGCACGAGCAACCGAAGGUAGAGGUAGAGGAAUCUUUCGAGCAGCCUUCUGAGGAAGACCUCGCAACCCUCCACUCUAUAUUCGGCGAAUCUACCACGACCCAAAUCCUCUCGCUCGUGCGAUCGAUACGCAAACACGGAAACAAGAAGGCGCGAGAGUUCAAGCCUGUCAUAACACCUCCGAUAGCAGACAAAGAAACCCGAACCCAGGCUCAUAGGUCUUUACGCCGAAUAUUUCCCAACAUGCUCGAGAGCUCCAUGGAAGCAAAUCAGUCCAUUCGAAUAAAGGCAGUCCCGCCUCAGGAACGCAAAGGGAAGAAGAAAGGCAAGGGCGGGAAUCGGCAAGAUCGCGAUCAAGAUCCAGAUCGGCGAAGGGGACAGCUGCCGUGGGACGAGCUCGGCGGAGAGUACCUACACUUCACUUUGUACAAAGAGAACAAAGACACAAUGGAGGUUGUUGGCUUCCUAGGCAGCAAGCUCGGUAGCGGCGCCAAAGCAUUUUCCUUCGCGGGAACGAAGGACAGGCGCGCAUGUACUAUUCAACGAGUCUGCGUGAAGCGUCAAACCGCCGAGCGCAUGAAUGGGUUCAAUCAAGUGCUCUUCAAUGCAGCUAUUGGAGACUUCUCGUACCAUGACCACGACCUUGGGCUGGGCGACUUGAAGGGCAAUGAGUUCACUAUCACGCUCCGGGAUUGUCAUUUCCAGGGCGAAGAGGGACUGGACCUCGCACAUCGCGUUCAGCUCGGGAAUGACAUUGUGGCUAAGGCAGUCAAAGACUUCUCGGAGAGGGGCUACAUCAACUACUACGGCCUGCAGCGCUUCGGUACAUUCUCCGCGAGCACAGACACUGUGGGGCUGAAAAUGCUCCAAGGUGAUCUCAAAGGCGCUGUCGAAGACCUCUUGGCUUACAGCGACGUCACCCUCGCUGCCGCCAACGGUACAGCGGAGGAUUCAAGAGUGCUCGUUUCUCAAGACGACAGGAACCGUGCGAAAGCCCUGCAUAUCUGGAAGACGACCGGCAAAGGCAGCGCUGCUCUCGACAUUCUACCCAGGAAAUUCUCGGCUGAACGCAACAUCAUUCAGCAUCUAAGCUCGAGGAAUAGCAAAACGGGAAUGCAUGACAGAAGGACGGAUUGGCGGGGUGCGCUGAUGUCUAUUCCGAGAAAUCUGAGGUUGAUGUACGUUCAUGCGUACCAGAGCCUUGUGUGGAACGUCGUCGCCGGAAAGAGGUGGGCUACGAACGGCGACAAGGUCAUCGAAGGUGACCUCGUGCUCGUCCAUGAACACAAGGACAAAGAAGAAAGCAUACAAGAAGUCAAGAAAGAAGACAUCGACCAAGACGGCGAGAUUGUCAUCAAUCCCUCUGGCGCCGACAGCGCUCUGGCACACGAAGAUGCAUUCGAGCGCGCACGCCCCCUCACAAAAGAUGAAGCUGAGAGCGGGAAAUACAAUGUCUUCGAUGUCGUGCUCCCGCAGCCGGGCUUCGACGUAGAGUACCCUAAAAACUCCAUUGGCAAGUUCUACGAGGAAUUCAUGGCCAGCGAGAAAGGAGGUGGUCUUGAUCCGCAUAAGAUGCGUCGGCCAUGGAAGGAUAUCAGCCUCAGCGGCGGGUAUAGGAAGUUCCUUGCGAAGCCGCUGAAGCCGCUGGAGUUUGAGGUAAAGGAGUAUAUGCGGGAUGAGGAGCAAUUUGUGGAGACAGAUUUGCAAAGGAUUCGGAGGGAAAAGUGUUCCGCACACGGUGAGAAGGAAGAUCAGGCAGGUACAGGAGACGUGGAGAUGCCGGAUGAGAGCGAGAAGAAGCUGGCGGUAGUGCUGAAGCUUGAACUGGGAUCUAGCCAGUAUGCUACUGUGGCACUGAGGGAACUUAUGAAGGCUGGGGGUGUCAAGCCGUUUAAGCCUGAGUUUAUGGGCGGGCGAUAG